UCUUAAGCUUGGUCCUAUAUUUUGUCGGAAUAGAUUUAUAUCAUAAAACACCACUCAACAAUAUUCGUCUAUUAUGUUAAUUUGGUGUUGUUCUCCAUAAAUUGCAAUUGAAUUAAGAACUUUGAGAGGAGGGUCCAAGGAGCCAUUUGCAUGAUUGAUGGCAAAACCACUUAGCCCACAUGAAGUAAUAAUUAACCUGGCCAAUCUCUAUGUCUUGAUCCACGUGCGUCCCUUACUUGCAUUUAUUCUCUAAAUUAGCCAUUUUCAUCUAAAAUUCUGAAUAGUUCUGUUUGUCAUCUAAAAAUAAUAUUAUCACAGUUGAAAUACAGUCGAAACAUACCCAAACCGGUAAAGAUACACACACCUUUUCAGAGCCAAAUAGCCGGCGACAUGAACACUAUAUAUCCCCGAGCCAAACAUAGAUAGACUCUAGAAAGAAACUAAAUAAACAUGAGCGAUGGAGAAAACAAGAUUAACAAGAUUUUAUGGACCAAAAUACAAUAAGGAUGUGAGCAAGACGGUAAGAGAAGCCAAAAUAAGCAAGAAGACAUUGACGGUCUAAAUUAUUAGAGGUGAGAGAAGAUCUCUACAAAGAACCACGAACAUCCACCACUCAAGAACAAGAUUCAACUUAAUAUCCACAAGAAAGUGAAUCUCCACCCGAGCAGAUGACGAAGAAACGGUUGACAAUUAAACAACCCAAAGACCGAACGCGAUUAAGCUAAACUCCACAGUUUCUUACCAAAAAAUCCAGAGAAACCCGUCAGUUAAACACCAAGGAACAGCACAACCUCGUCUCACCGAAGCAUCACACAGAACAAUACAACUUGAAGCCCAAAGGUCGAGCAUCGAAACCUUACCGAAGACAAGUCCGCUAGAAGAGAAGACGCCACAAAGGCCAGACGACAACACUAAAUACCACAGUGAGAAGACCCUAACCGCGUCCAAUAUGAAACACCUAUUACUAUCCAAAACUGAAAGGAUCCAAUUGGGUAAGUCUAGUUAGACGACCAUUUGACUGCACUAAUCACAAAUUUUAUCAUGUCUCUCUACUCUUACGGAAAGUUGGGUUCAUUUUAUUUCUUUAAUUAUGUUUUGAGGUGGAUUAAAUUUCUAUUUAGGAAAUGCAUCCCAAAAUAUAAAUUGUCUUUUGGGUAACAUUUUGUUGUUUAUUUGUUUAAAUUUGAAGGUCUUUUUUAAAAAAACAAACGACUUUUUAAUGUCGAGUUGAAAAAAGAUCUAAUUGGCUAUAAUCAUGCAUGAUUUGGGAAAAUAUUUUUUCACGAUGACAUAUUUAAUUGGCUACUGCUGAAUAUAUACGGCUGGACAUAUCAUUUGCUCAUAUGGCGGUUGGGUGCAUCAUUUCGAAGUUAUGAUAAGAAAUCUUACCACACAACAAGUGAUAAGACUUGUAAACCACAAAAGGAAAUGAUUAAUGCAAAAUUCAACUAACUCACGACCUUCGUUAACAUAUUUAUUUCGGGAUCCACACCAUGCGACAUUUUUUAGUUUUUACAUUCGUAGUUUUCAUUUUCCUUUCACAGUCUAGCAAAAUCUGUUUAUCAGUUCUGCAUAUCGUUAUAGGUUUCCUGUAGUACGUGCUUUACUUAACAACUACGCAUACAAUUACUAAAAUUCAUUUCCAGUUAAACACUGUUGUGUUAAUCUCUCUGUGCUAGUGAAUGAUGCGCAACUGUUGUGUUAAUUUCAGAUCAAAUGCGUAUAGCUUAAAUAACAAAUUAAAAUCAGUUGAAGGAGUGAACGUUAAGAAAAUAUCUUUCACUUAAUCAAAUCAGGUCUUGACUUUUGUUUUUGGCAUGAAAAUCAGGUCUUGACUUGACAAUUUUUAUAAAACGUUACCAAUAAAUAAUCGAAGAUUGUCAAAGAAAAGCAGUAGUCAUCUUGUGAUUUCGAAUCCUAUUCAUCCUUCAUGAUUUGAAUUAAUUCUCUUGACCCAAUGAAUUGAAAGACGGCUCCAUGUAAGCACUCACGUAAUUUAUUAUCGAGCGACGAAAAAAGAUGUGCUUGUUAGCAAAAAAGAAAGAAAGAUUGGCUAGAUUUAAAAUCUACGCACUGAAAAUUUAGAUAUUUGUAAUGCAAAAAUAUUGAACUUUGAUGCAAAAUAUGUAACUUAAAAUUCAAAAAACUUUUGUUUAUUUGUAUCAAAUUUUUCAUAUUUAACAUUAAAUAAUUCAUAUGGUUAAUUACUCUAAAGCAUAUUAGGAAAUCAAAUUAUUUUGUGAUCUCAGAAAUUAUUAUGGGCCACAUAGUAAUUUUUAGAAAAUAUUAUUUGUGUUAUCAUAUAUAUUAUUUUAGAAAAUAUUAUUGGGAUGUAUAAAUGUUAGUUAAUAUUAAAUUAAUGAAAAUUGGAAAUCAAAAUUACAUACAAUAUAAUCAGACUAUAGAAAAUUAAAUUGCAGCAUACAUUAACUAUUUUUACUAUAGGUGUUGAUAAAAAAUCUAAUAAAAUAUUACAAAGGUCAUAUUUAUAUUUUUGUAAAGUAAUAAAAUAAUUAAAAUAACAAAAGAUAUAAUUCUGUUUAUUUAGAAAAUAUAUAAAAAAUAAAAAUUGUAUUCACUAUUGAAUAAAAAUAUAUUAUAAUGUGUCAAAACAUACUAAAUAUUAUAUGUAUCAAGCUUUAAAACUUAUUUUAUCCGUGAAUUUGCAGGCAACCAGCUAAUCUAUUUUUUUUAACACUGGAUUUCAUUGAAUUCAAGAGUUCAAAGCUCACCUUCUAAAACAAAGCAAGACUGUUACAGAGCAUAGAGAAAUAAAACCAAGAGGAGACAGUACCAUAAAGAAAUAAAACCAAACUACCAGUAGGCAGGACUGAGAAGAAACCCGCAGAAUGCAGGAGGUAUGACAAACUAGAAGAGCGAGUAGAGAUGAAAGACCCUUCAGCAGAUUACACACCAGCAAAGACAGAGGAAUAUGGUCCCGCAGACAUGGCUGACGCUUCCUUCUGCAGGAGACUAGUCUUUUUAAAAUAACCUCUUAGAUGCAACAUCUACAUCUAUAAAUUCAAAAUCUGAAUAUAAAUCUUGAUGCAUCUAAAUGCACAUUCAAUUACAAAAACAAACAUGGAAAACAUUUAUUUAAUAUCUAUUAGUAACUAUUUUAAAUUAGUUAGUUUUGUUAAGCUUACCCUAAAUACAAUGAUCAAUGGCAGCAGGUUCGGCAUCUACUAGAAAAGAGAGAAUCCACUUCAGAUAACCACACCUCGGUAUCCAUACAAACUUUGGUGAUUCUAUAUUUAUGUUGUGGUAAUUAAUAUAUAAUUUACUAUUUAAUUCUUGGUUAUAUUUCACAUUUUUGUUUAUAUUUCAAUUUCUAUAUAUUGUUGUAAUGGUUCUCAUUCCCCCGAUUGAUCUUGUAUUUUGUUGUAAAAUAAUUUUGACUUCUUUUUUUUUUGAACUUCGUUUUAAUAUAUUGACUUGCUUGAAAACAUUUAAUACUCUUUUUUGAUAUUUGAAACCUCAGGAAAAUCUUUUUGUUCGUUUUCAGUUUUCUAUGUAAAAUGUAUUAACAAAUAUUAUAGUAUCAUUGAUAUUUUACCUACUAUUUUAUUAUUGGUUGAAUUGUGGUUAGCUAAAUAAUUAAUGAUGUAUUGUUUACAAAAUGUAACAAAAAAUAUUUUCUUAAUUUAAAAAAAAACUAGUUAGAACACCAAUUAAAUCAUCCUAUAAUAUAUAAUUCUAUUAGAUAUGAUUAUUCAUCAAUUGUUAAUAGAUGAGUAUUAUUUAAAUUUAGUUAUAUAUCCUAUCAAAUAGAAAAAAUAUUGUUUGGAUUAAUAAAAUUGAUUUAUAUGUUCGCAAAAAUUUAAUUAUAAAUGUAAUAGUUACUGACGUUUAAUUAUUCAAUAUAAAUUUAUUAUUUCAUAAUAUGUAAAACAUAUAUAUAUAUAUAUAUAUAUAUAUAUAUAUAUAUAUAUAUAUAUAUAUAAUACUCAUUCCACGCAAGGCGCAAAUCUUAACCUAGUUCUAUGUUAAUUCACUAACAUUUAAAUAGCUUAAUCAAAUAUAAUUUAAACAGAAAAAAUUGAAAAUUGCUUUUGACAAAAAAAACUUAAAAAAUAAAAUUUCAUUUGAGGAAUUGAAAAAAAAAAUAUAAAUUUUUAUUCAUUUUAUUCAUCACCCAAAAUUGCAUAGGAAAUUUUUUCUUCAUAAAUUCAUUCCUCAAUGAGGAAUUUAGAGGAAAAAAUGGGACCCACCUCUUAAUAAUUUGACUAAAAUUUUCAAUAUAACUAGUAAAAAUUUUGAGAAACAAAGAAUUCACCAUAUUUUUAUUCCUUUAACAUGAACAUCAAUUAGAGCCUUAAAGUUCUAAAACAUAUGUGUGACCAGUGUCACGAGGUCCCUGGAAAAACUAGAAAGAAAGAAUUCAAAGAAGGGUUGAAAGUAAAAUAAAUACAUUUCCUAAUUUCUUUUAUUUUCAAUUAUAAUAUAUCCUAAAUUAAGUAUAUAAAAGUUUGACUUAAAACAGAACAAGUUAAUAAAAUUAUCACCAAAGCAAGAGUCAAUUCAAAAAAAUGAAUCUUCCAAAAAACAAUUAAAAAUCUCUUAAAUGCACAAUUUUUUCCUUUCGUACCAGACGACUCUCUCUCUCUAUAACUUGCAGAGAGAUUGAGAAAGAGAGUGGGACCAUACAACCACAUCGUCCAACGAAGAGAGAAAGGUGGAAAACGAAGGAGAUGAUCAUGGAGAUUCUUCUUUGAUUCACGAAUCGCCUCUGUUUCACAUAUUUGUCCAAAUUCAAAAGAAAAACGAUUGUCGGUUUCUUAGGAAAAAUAGGAAAAAAGAAAUUAAAAAAAGCUCUGCUUUCUCUUUCUUUCGUCUUUUUCUAGAUCGCAUUUUCUCAACUGUCGUUUCUUUUCACAAAUCUCGCCAAAGUUUGUGACAUCUCAUCGAAUUUAGCAAACCCUUUGUCUCAAAAUCUAAUCCUUGCGUCAAUCUCGCUCCCAAAAAAAAAUCAAACCUUUAUCUGUUUCCUCUGUUUUUGUUCUCUCCCUUUUGCUCUGUUUUUUCCUCCGAUCGAUUUUGAUCAUUACAAUGGGCUGUGCAAGCUCCAAGCAUAAACGGCGUUGCAGUGAUUGCCGAGGAGGAUUAUCUCCGGUGGUUGUGCCCCGGAGCUAUUCAAUGCACGUUCACCACCCGCCGCAACACUCCGGAGAUAGCCAUCACACGGUGGCUCUCACAUCCUCCACCGUCGGAUCUCUCACCCUCUGCGAAUGUCCUUUCAGCCAUAUUGACAAACACUUGGAAGGCGUCAGAGAGAAGCGAGUCGUCUCCGAUGAGAAGAAGCUAAUCCCCGGUGAUGGGUUUCACCAGGAUGAUCUCGAAACAGAGAAGUUGUUGCAGUCUAAGCUUAUGGAAGCCAAGGUUUGGUCGAGUAUGAUGAACCAGAGAAUCCCCAAGUUGUUGCCGCCUAAAACUCCGAUUGUGACGCCUCCCGGUGAGCCGGAGACGAUCAAUACGUGGGAGUUGAUGGAAGGGCUUGAAGACGCGUGUCCUUUACGACCGCCUGAUCAUUUGAGAAGCUUCUCCUUUGAUGUUGUUCGUGUCCAACCUUGUGAUGAUGGUCCUGCUCCCUUUGAUCGACCUAAGUCAAGGUUUCAUGAUUUGGAUCCUCCUGAGAUCGUGUCCUCUUUCAGAAAAUCGCUUCAAGAACUCCCAGAUGAUCAUCCUUUUCACAUCCGGAUCCCUAAUGUGGAUCCGGUAUCAUCCGGGUCUUCAGAUGAAGAAGAAGGAGACUGUAGAAGAAAGCCAGAGAAGGUGAUAGUUUACUUCACAAGUCUUAGAGGUAUACGGAAGACAUAUGAAGACGGUUGCAAUGUCAGGGUGAUUCUAAAGAGCUUAGGGAUUCGUCUUGAUGAGCGCGAUGUGUCGAUGCAUUCGGGUUUUAAAGAUGAGCUGAAGGAGUUGUUGAGGGAUGAGUUCAACGGUGGCGUUGGAAUAACCCUACCUAGAGUUUUCUUGGGGAGCAAGUAUCUCGGCGGAGUGGAAGAGAUAAAGAAGUUGAAUGAAAAUGGGACGCUUGAAAAGGUUGUAGAUGGCUGCGAGAGAGUGGAGGAUGGGUUAACGGGUUGUGGGAUUGACUGUGAGGCUUGUGGUGAUGUUCGGUUUGUGCCGUGUGAGACGUGUUCAGGAAGCUGUAAAAUAUACUAUGACAGUGAAGAUGAAGAUGGAAAGGAAGAAGGAACAGAGGAAACAGAGUAUGGGUUCCAAAGAUGUCCAGAUUGUAAUGAGAAUGGGUUGGUCAGAUGUCCUAUUUGUUGUGGUUAAGUCCUUUCAAAUCAAAUUCAUCUCUUUUGUUUUUACUUUGGGGUUAUUAAAAUUCCGUUUUGUGGGAUUUUUUGUUGCUGAGAUUGGAGAAUGUAUUGUUGUUGUACAGUGAUGUUCUGAUUGAUAGUGAAAAGAGACUUAUAGGUAUUUAAAAAUAAAAUGCAUAUAUUUUUUAUUAA